GUGGACAUAGUGGACAGUAAGUGUUGCUUCACAUCCAUACUCACUACUGUAUUAACAUGGCAUGCCGCUGCCAGGGCGGGCUGCCCUCAGCAAAACCGGUGCCAUCUUCUGCUCUGUUUUCCAUGGCCGUUUCGCUUCUCGGUGGCCUGGGCGCAUCGUCAUGCUGCGUGUUGCAGCUAGCGCUCAACGCGGUUGGCCUUGGAUGCGCAGGUUUCGCUGUGCUCACGCCAUAUGAGCCUAUUUUCAAGGGUAUCACACUAGCCGCGUUGGCACACCUGCUGCUGCGCGAUGGCUUCAGCAACCGCCGGGCGUUGCUGACGACCGCGCUGUCGCUUGGGCUCCUCUUCUCACAGGACGCCGUCCGCUUUUACAACCGCGGGGGCCUGACGCCGCUGGCUGGGCUGCUGCAAGUGCCCCUCAGCCGGCCCACCAACAAACACCCGGCAGCGGUUCGCCCGCAGCCCUCGGGUUUAGAGGACAUGCCUGAUACCCGGCGACAGUCAGACCAGGGGGCAUCCCACCAGAGGAAUCCGGCAGCCGCACCACCAAGCACGCCGUCGAGCGGUGCUUGGCCGGUGGCUGCCGAUGUGAGCACGGCUGCAGGGCAACCAGCGUGUAGGUCAGGGAUGUGCGCCGAGACACGAACUUCGGGCGGGCCACGAAGCCACACGCAACAGCAAAUGCUUGACGAGGAUGAAUACGACGAUGGCGAUGAGCUGGAGCCACCUCAGGGGGCUUCAGCAGCAGUUGAUGCGGAGACAGCGACAGAGGCGGAGGUGGCAGCACUGCCAGGCACUGGAGAGCUGUAUCUGCGGCUCCGUGUGCAGGGCAUCAAGUGCGAGGGCUGCGCGGCGCGGCUGCGGGCAGCGGUGUUGCAGCUGCCGGGAGUGAGGCGCUGCGUGGUGGACUUCGCAAGCAAGGCAGUGCUGCUGUGGGGCGAGGCGGGGCAGCUGGGAGAGCAGGGCGAGGCGGCGCGGGCGGCCAUCCAGCACAUGGACCUAUCAUACCGGGUGGCGCUGGAGGAAAGCCGGCGGUUAUGACACUUGUUAGGGUAGGGCGCACGGGUAAGGCGCAAGUGAUCGGAAGUGAUGUUUAAGGGAUUUGAGGUUGGGCGGCGUUGCGUUACCGUGUGGGUGGUUGAGGAGGGUAAUGCAUGCCGUGGGCCUGGUGGACAGUUCGCCCCAGGAUUACCGCAGGCUAAGAUUGUCCCUGGAUCUCUGCAUGGGCUGCACCGAUCCUGUAAUUUACAUUUGCGGCUAGGCGGUCAUUGCUUGCCAUGACAGUGUGGUGGCAAAUGGCCAACGUGCUAUGCUGUGGUACACGCUCAUUCCUGGGCAGGGCAAGUCUGGACAAAGUUGGUGUAGCACUGAAAGUCCUGCACACGCGGGCCCCGACCCUACCCGUAA